GAAAGGUGUCCUGUUUUUGGAUAACAAUUACAGUCACAAUGGGAAACAUUUGCCAAAGUUUCUGGAACUAUCCUAAAAACCCUGAUAUCAGGAUCAGCCUGCCGGCUGUUUGCUUCAUUUGGCAAAUUGCCAUGAUUAUUUUGUUUGGGGUCUUUGUGCGUUAUGAUCAUGAGUCUGAUGGACACUGGACUGAUUACAGAAAGGAGCAUAAUAUCUCAAGUAAUAUUGAAAAUGAUUUCUACUACAGAUAUCCCAGUUUCCAAGAUGUGCAUGUCAUGAUCUUUGUGGGUUUUGGUUUCCUCAUGACGUUUUUGAAGCGCUACAGCUUCGGUGGAGUGGGCUUCAACUUCCUUAUUGGUGCUUUUGGGCUGCAGUGGGCCCUGCUGAUGCAAGGCUGGUUUCACUCACUGGACCCCGCAGAUGGCAAGAUUAAGAUUGGAAUAGAAAAUCUCAUUAAUGCUGACUUCUGUGUGGCGGGGUGCCUAAUCGCAUAUGGAGCUUGUCUGGGAAAAGUCAGUCCUGUACAGCUGAUGGUGUUAACUCUUUUUGGCAUCACCUUAUAUGCAGUAGAAGAAUACAUCAUCCUCAGUCUUCUGCAUGCCAGAGAUUCAGGUGGCUCUAUGGUCAUUCAUGCAUUUGGAGGAUAUUACGGUCUGACAAUUUCGUGGAUGCUCUAUCGACCAAAUUUAAACCAGAGCAAACGUCUCAAUGGAUCUGUCUACCAUUCUGAUGUCUUUGCUAUGAUUGGCACUCUUUUUCUCUGGAUGUACUGGCCCAGUUUUAACUCUGCCAUUGCAUAUCAUGGAGAUGGGCAACACCGAGCUGCCAUCAACACAUACCUGGCCUUGGCAGCCAGCGUGCUAACUACCUUUGCCAUAUCCAGCCUUUCUGCCAAGAAGGGCAAAUUAGACAUGGUUCAUGUCCAGAAUGCCACCCUGGCAGGAGGAGUUGCAAUGGGAACUGCAGCUGAAUUUCUGAUCACACCAUAUGGAUCACUUAUAGUUGGCUUCCUCUGUGGGAUCAUCUCUACCUUUGGCUACCUAGUGGUGACGCCGUUCCUUGAAAAACGACUAAAGAUCCAGGAUACUUGCGGAGUACACAAUCUACAUGCUGUACCCGGUGUCCUUGGAGGAGUUGUAGGUGCCAUUACAGCUGCUACUGCCCGCGAGUCUGUGUAUUCAUAUGAUGGAUUGGUCAACACAUUUGGAUUUACUGGUGAUUUAGCAACAAGGUCUCCACAAACACAGGGAGGCUAUCAGGCUGCUGGUCUUUGCGUGGCUAUCGCCUUUGGACUUGUAGGUGGAGCAAUAGUGGGAUUUAUUCUAAAACUGCCUAUAUGGGGAGACCCAGCUGAUGAUAACUGCUUUGAUGAUGAAGUAUACUGGGAGAUACCUGAAGAUGAAGAAAGUAUCCCGCCAAUCCUGGAAUACAACAACCAUGUUGCUAACAAGCACCCAGACACAUGUAUGUCGGAGUCCAACUUCACAAUAGAGCAGAGCUAAGCAGAUCUGGAAAACUAUACAGACAUAACGAAUAUGAGAUCAGUGAAUGAAACCAGUUGGAUGAGGUCUUGACAACCAGGAAAUCUGAGACACAAUAGCAUUUUGCUAGAUCUAACAGUCAAACCAGUUCAUCUGAAAAACUGUUAGCAGUACAAGGUGAUCUGUAAAAAUAAUUGUAUAAUAAAAAUUUUGCUGAAUGUAUGUAUGAAUGUAUUUAUGUAUUAUUUACAUAUGUAUACGAAUGUAGACACGUAAUACAAAAAUUGUACAUACUACAAAAUGGUUGCUCAUUGACAUGCAGGUUUUCCAUCGGACAAGUAGCAUAUUUGCUUUGUGGUUUUUUUUUUUGGUUUUAUUUGCUCUCCAGAAUGUUGUGGCUGAGGCCUCCUUUUUGUUUAAUAUUUAUUCAGAUUUUGGAGGUCAUUGUAUUUUUAGUUUUGUAAACUUGUAGUAUGCAGGCAUUAUAAUUAUCUGCCGGCAUUAAAGUAAACAUGAGUAAUCAUGCAUUUUGCUUUUGUAGCCCUUCAUGCACAAUAAUCAGUCCUAAAACGCACAUUUGUGCAGAGAAAUUGCACAUUUGUUUCAGAAGUAAUUUCUUAACCUGUGAUAUUGUAAAUAGAUUUCAUAUUUCAGAUACACUACUAGUCAGAACUGUAAACGCACUUUUUAAUUUCAUGUUCUUUAAUGAUUUUUAUUUCUAUCUACAUUGUAAAACAAUGCUGGAGGCAUCCAAAAUAUGCAAUAAACUCUUUUGAACAAUUGA